AUGGCUAAAGUAGACAUUAGACUAGGCACCACACUUGUGCAAACGUACGACGGUGCUCCAGAGAAUUUAGAAGCGUUUAUAGAUGCUGUAAACUUAUUCAACGAUACUGUGACAAACGAUUUUGCCAACGCCACUGCCCCACAAAAAGAGGCGGCUCAACUUACGGUAUUACGUUUCGUAAAAACGCGACUGGCGGGUGUUGCUCGCCAAGUGAUUACUGAUGCUAUCAACCUAGAAGUCUCCGAAGGUGAUUACGAUAUCAUUGUUCUUACUGAAACAUGGCUCGACGAUCGCAUUCUCUCAACACAAUUGUUUGGAAAUCGCUAUACUGUGUUCCGGACCGACCGUUCUGACUUGAAUAGCAAAAAGACGCGCGGCGGAGGUGUGUUGAUAGCUGUUUCGGUGAGACUGAACUGCCGUAUUGAUGCUGCACCUAUUCAUGAUACUCUUGAGCAAGUGUGGGUAAUUGUGGAAACAUCUUGCAGUGACGUCAGCGUGGGUGUUGUGUAUUUGCCCCCUGACCGAAAAUCGGAUUCACAGCUAAUUCAGCAACAUAUCGAUUCGAUAGAAAUGGUUCUGUCACGUUUGAAGCCUCAUGCUCAAGCAUUAGUUUUCGGCGACUAUAAUCAGUCUGGUUUGCGAUGGUUUAUUUCGCCUAAUGGACUACCGUUAGUGAACACACCGCGUUCCCACAUGCCGACUGGCUGCUGCUCUCUUCUUGAUGGUUUUUGUCUACACGGACUGACCCAAAUCAACACUGCUUUGAUUGAUGACGAACGCAUGUGUUCUGUGUCUGUUCCCCACGAGCCACUGGUAAAUCUUGAAGCUGUGCAUCCUGCGGUCGUUAUAUCAGUGAGCCUUUCUCAACCAAUGGUUUUCGAUCAAGCUUCAGAAAGCAGGUCUUUGAAUUUUUGUUGUGCUGACUAUUCUGUACUUUGCGCAGCACUAUCGGAAGUAAACUGUGAUGCUUUAUUGGAUCGGUCUUCCUGUAUCGACGAAGCGGUUGACUCUUUCAACAGUGCAAUUGAGGGCGUAAUCAACCAGACAGUGCCAGCUUGUGAUCCACCUCGAAAACCAAUGUGGUCGAAUCUUCACCUCCGUUCGCUCAAGCGCUUGCGGUCUGCUGCGCUUCGGAAAUACUGUUCACAUCGCUCGUCAUACAACAAAAAUCGAUUGAACAUCGCUAGCCGCCAGUAUCGCAACUACAACCGAUAUUUGUACAACCGGUACGUGAAACGCAUUCAAAAUAAUCUUUGCACACACCCAAAACAGUUCUGGUCGUUCGUGAAUAAUAAACGGAAGGAAGCCGGAUUACCCUCUUCCAUGUUUCUGGGCGAUUCCGUUGCUAACAACGAACGUGAAAAAUGCGAUCUAUUUGCCCAGCAGUUCCAGCAAGUUUUCAACGGUUUUGUUGCCUCUCCCGAACAAGUCAGUAUAGCCAGCAAUGCAGCUCCCCGAGACGUGUUUUCAUUUCGACUGCCGCUUAUUAAUACAGAGGAUGUUGUCAUUGCCCUGAGUAAGCUGAAAGCUUCGUAUACCGCUGGACCUGAUGGUAUUCCUUCAGCGGUUCUCAAGCGAUGUGGAGAAGUUCUCUGUUCGCCAAUCGCUAAGCUAUUUAAUUUAUCUGUGCAGCAAUCUGUAAACAUUAUAUUGACACCGAGCAGCACGGAUUUUUUCCUAAACGGUCAGUAA